CGACAGCGUCAUUCAGUUGAUCUGCGUUGCCAAGGGAACAGGCCUGGGGCUUGUCAUCAAAGGCGGAGCCAACCGUGACGAAGGACCAAUGGUGUUCAUUCAGGAAAUCGUGCCUGGAGGCGACUGUCAUAAGGACGGCAGGCUGCAGGUCGGGGACCAGCUGGUGUCCAUUAACAAAGAGUCUCUGAUCGGUCUGACGUACGAGGAGGCGCGGAGCGUCCUGGCUCGCACCAGACUCAGAUCAGACCCGACGGUGGAAAUGGCCUUCAUCAGACGCAGGUUGUCCUCCAGCUCCAGCAGCGGGCCCCACAGCCCCAUUUCCCUCCAGGGGUCAGGAGGUGGAGGCGGGCCCCAGACAAGGGCCCCUGGGCUGGGGGCCAGGCCUCCGCAGCCGUCCAUGGUGACCAAGAUCUCGUCUAGCCUGAAUCCCUCCAGUGAAACGCUGCCGGCCGUCAACGUGAGCCAGGUGUGUGUGUCUCCAGUCAGGACGGAUCACACUGGUGUUUCGUCUCCGCCGCAGAGCGUCGACGCCUCCGACACAAAUGCUG